AAGAAAAAAAUCUUGAACAAUAUGCUGAUAAAAUUCGAACAAAUAAAGCUGAAUUAGCUAAACUUGAUAAUCCAAUACGUUUUGUUAUAAAACAAAUUGACAAUGAUACACCAUUAACAACAAUUCCACGGGAAUAUAAUGAUUGUUUUUUAACAGUUAUUACUCGAACAGAUCCAUUACAUAAAUCAGAUUUAAUAAGUGAACUUGUUCGAGAUAAACUUUUACAAGAUGUUAAAUCAAAUGCAUUAGAUAUAAGUUAUUUUCCUGGUGGUAUUAAUUAUGAUUUACCACAUGAAGAAAUUGAUGAAAAUGGUCAAAUGAAAAUUGAAACAUAUCAAAAAUUAAAAAAACGUUUAAGUCAUCGGAAAAUUUGGUAUUUUAGGGAACCACCAGAAAAAAAACCUAAUGCUCUAUUAGAAAUUCUUCCAUUUGAUUUAUCAAUUAAUAUAAAUCAUCAACAUUUACUUGAUUAUAUUUAUGAUCAUUUAAAAAAUCUUUCAAUUGAUGAAAUUUUUGUUAAAAACGAUCAAAUUUUAUCAAUUGAAUUUAUGCCAUUAAGUUGUAUAUUAAAUUCAAAUGAUAUUCAAAAUCAAUUUAUUAUUGAUUGUCAUUCAAUCGAAAUAAAACAUAAAUUAAUCGAAAAACCAAUGAAAAUUUCUUUUAAUAAACAAUCAUUUACAAUUGAAUUACGUUCUUAUGAUGAUUAUAUGCAUAAUGAAUAUGAUAAAUCAAUUAAAGCAGAAAAAUAUAGAGAAUUAAUCAAAAAUCAUGAUCAAGCUAUUAAACGAACAUCAACCAAAUAA